AUGAGCUCGUGGGACGUUUCCAUGUCGAACCAUGCGGGUCUCGUGUUCAACCCCAUUCGCACCGUUUCGGACAACGCGAAACCGUCGCCGUCCCCGAAGCCGAUCAUUAAGCUCUCCGUCGGUGACCCGACGCUGGACAAGAACCUUCUCACGUCGGCAGCCCAAAUCAAGAAGCUGAAGGAAGCGAUCGACUCACAGGAGUGCAACGGCUACUUCCCGACGGUGGGCUCCCCAGAAGCCCGCGAAGCUGUCGCGACAUGGUGGCGCAACUCGUUUGUCCACAAGGAAGAACUGAAGAGCACGAUCGUGAAGGAUAACGUGGUGCUCUGCUCUGGCGGAUCGCAUGGCAUUCUGAUGGCCAUCACGGCGAUCUGUGACGCGGGUGACUACGCCCUGGUGCCCCAGCCGGGCUUCCCCCACUACGAGACGGUGUGCAAGGCGUACGGCAUCGGCAUGCACUUUUACAAUUGUCGGCCGGAGAACGACUGGGAGGCCGACCUUGACGAGAUCCGGAGGCUGAAGGACGAUAAGACGAAGCUGCUCAUUGUAACGAACCCGUCCAACCCGUGCGGCAGCAACUUCAGCCGCAAACACGUCGAGGAUAUUGUGCGGCUUGCCGAGGAACUGCGUCUGCCCCUCUUUUCGGAUGAGAUCUACGCUGGCAUGGUCUUCAAGGGCAAGGAUCCCAACGCGACCUUCACGUCCGUGGCUGACUUUGAGACCACGGUGCCGCGCGUGAUUUUGGGUGGCACUGCG